AUGGGUCGACGGCGAAAGCAAUAUCAUCGAAGAAACAAACGGCAAAGUAGAAAAGUCAAGGACUCUUUGUGUGCACCGAGUCUACCUCUACCAUUUGGUGUAGUUGUUGAUUUAGCAUCGUUUAAACGUAUUCUGUUGCAUGACAAUGAACAAAACUUAGAAGGAGAUGAGUAUCAAAUGUGUCAAAAAAUAAGUGAAUUAGACUCGGAUAUGCAAAUAUUCGACAGUUUAGACAAGUGCAUCGCGUAUGCUCAACAAGAGUAUAUCAAAAACCUUUAUGUAUUGGUUUGGCAAAUAGACUAUCUGUCAAUAAAAGAUAUACGACAGACGAUUAUUCGUAAAUGUUCAUCGUUUGGAUUGAGGCGUUUAUAUGUACUCAAAGGAUGUCAGAUACAUUCGAGGAAUGAAGAAAUCUAUAUUCGUGUUAUCUUCGAUGACAAACAUUGUAAUAAAUCUGAACAAAAAGAUGUAGAACUCGACCCUCUUGUGCCAAUGUCAGUCUUUGACCUUACACAUGGAAAAGAUAUGUCGAUUCGAGAUCUCAAUGAUGAUCAAGUUCGUUUCAUCUGGUUUCAACUACUACUCGACGUUCUCCUGAGAAUGCCACGCAGCACAAACAAUAUGACCGAUAUGCUGGAAGUAGCGCGCAGUUAUUAUCGUUCAGAUCCAAUUGAACUUAAGAAAAUCAACGAAUUUGCUAGCACUUAUCAACCAUCGAAAGCCAUCUGGUGGUACACGCACGAUUCAUUCGUUUAUCGAUUGUUAAAUCGAGCUUUUCGUACUCAAGACAUUUGUACUAUCUUCACUUUUCGAUUUUUCAUUCUUGAUCUCUAUACACAAUUAUCUGGCAUAGCAAAAGCACGUGCAGUUCCACUCCGAAAAGAAGCUUAUCGUGGCCAGUUUUUACCCAUGAAUGAACUAGAAGCGAUUAAAAACAAUGUCAAUGGUUUGAUUUCCAUGAAUACCUUCUUAUCAACCACUACUGAUGCAAGCGUUGCUUUUCUUUACGCAGGUCAUGGAUCGGGUUUACCAUCACAUGCAUCCGUGGUUUUUACAAUCGAUUUAAAUAUCGACAACAACGACAACAGUACGGCAUUUGAUCGUCCGUUUGCCGACAUUAGUCAAUACAGUAGUAAGCUUGAUGAAAAAGAGAUUUUAUUCUCGAUGGGCACAAUAUUUCGAAUCACUGCAGUGGAAGAAUACGACUCGACGUAUGAGGUGUUUCUUCAAAGGGAAACACAAGCAAAAGAAUGUUUAUCAACACUAAUUUCGCACGAAAGCAUCGAAUUAACGCAAUCUACCACAAGUGAACUUGCACUCGGUGAUUUCUUGUCUGCCAUGGGUAUGUUAGAUCAGGCUGAGCAGUUCUACAGAAUUAUACUUCAAUAUCAAAUACCAGCCGACGAAAAUCCAGAACUGCAUGUUUCACUUUUUAAUAGCAUUGGCCUAUUGCAUAUUAAUCGGGCUGACUACAGUGCUGCGCAGUCAGUUCUUGAACAAGCAUAUUCUGUCGCUAAAAACAGCCGCGUUUUCUUGUCUACCACGUUGAGUAAUUUGGGUUUAGUAUAUCUCAAUCAAUGUCGAUACGAUCGUGCGCUGAAAUAUUUUCAACGUGCUAAAAGACUGGAACCGUCGACAAAGAAGUCCAUAUCUAUUCUAUCGAAUAUUGCUGCGGUUUUUGAAGAGAAAGGUCAAUAUAAAAAAGCGCGGAGCUAUUAUCGACGAACGCUGACCACUCAAGAAAAAUAUUUACCACCGAUGCAUUUAGAGUUUGCCAAACUAUAUCUUAAUCUAGGGUCACUGGAAAAAACUUUGGGAAACUAUCAAAAGAGUUUAACUCUGUAUGAAAAAUCGUUGAACAUCUACCAGCUAACUCUACCGGCUAACCAUCAUUCUUUAGCACAUAUUUACAAUAACCUCGGUUUACUUCAUCAAGAGCUAAAAAGCUUCAGCAAAGCGCGUGAGUAUCUGGAACAAGCGUUACACAUUUUAUCUUUGAACUUUGAACGAACAAAAGAUCAAAAUUUACUGUAUAUGAAGACAUUGAACAAUUUGGGAACAUUGCAGUUUGAACAACAAGAUUUUUCAGGAGCCGAAGUCUCGUUUCAACAUACACUCGAUCUCAAACUACGGUUGACUGGAACCGAUCCGAACUCACAUCAAUCAUAUGCAAUAUCCUAUAACAAUAUCGCUAUGGUUCAAUUAAAGCAAGGUCGUUUCAAACAAGCAUUAGCAAAUUUUAAGCGCACGUUAAGAAUUGAGCGUUUACACGGCAAUCCUGCAGAUAUUGCUACGUCAUAUAACAACAUUGCUGGAAUUUAUCAUGAAAUGAACCAACUCAUCAAAGCGAAACGAUUCUAUAAGAAAGCGCGUCUAAAUGCGCUUAUUGUCUUUCACAAAGAUCAUCCAGCGGUUAAGCUCUACCAAGACAAUCUCAAGAAAGCAAUUAAAAAGCUGAAACGACUUCGCAGGUCUCAAGCAACAGAAAACAAACAUGAGUAG